GAUGGUUGGUCGCGCGUUGAAGAGGUCAUCAACGCGCGACGCGGAUGGUCGGUCGCGCGAGUCGGAGAAAGAUCGAGAAGUAAAAACCCUCGUGAGCGUGAUAGUGAGGAGUAGUGAAAAUUUUAAAUUUUGCACUUGAGGUUUGGAUUAACUCGAAGACGCGUUAUACUGAAGACAAUGGACAUUCGACCUAAUCAGACAAUCUACAUUAACAACAUUAAUGAUAAAGUUAAAAAAGAAGAGCUGAAGAGGGCAUUAUAUGCAUUGUUUUCUCAAUUUGGUCAAAUAGUUGAUAUUGUGGCGUUGAAGACUAUGAAAAUGAGAGGACAAGCAUUUGUAAUUUUUAAAGAGAUAACAUGUGCCACAAGUGCUUUACGGCAGUUACAAGGAUUCCCGUUUUAUGGCAAACCUAUGCGAAUUCAGUAUGCAAAGACUGACUCAGAUAUAAUUUCAAAGAUGAGGGGCACCUUUGCUGAUAAAGAGAAGAAAAAAGAAAAGAAAAAGGCCAAAACCCAGGAACAAGCAGCUGCAAACAAAAAAGCUAAUCAGGGAACAACACAGGUGGCAACUUCGAAUUCUAACCAAACCAGCACCUCAACCAAUCAGGUACCAGACAAUCCACCCAACUAUAUUCUAUUCCUCACUAAUUUGCCUGAAGAAACCAAUGAAAUGAUGUUGUCCAUGCUGUUUAAUCAGUUUCCUGGUUUCAAAGAGGUACGUUUGGUACCUGGCCGACAUGAUAUAGCUUUUGUGGAAUUCGAGAAUGAAGGACAGGCUGGGGCUGCACGAGAUGCAUUGCAAGGAUUCCGAAUUACACCAUCUCAUGCUAUGAAGAUCACCUAUGCCAAGAAAUAAUCAAGGUUAUCAAGACAAAAAAAAGUUUGAGUUUUUUUUACUUUAAUUGCCGUUUACUUAUCGCAGGAGAGAGAAGAAAAACAGAGUAUGAAGCAAUUAUCAGCUUUGUGGACUUGUUGUAACCGUUGCAGUCUCAAAAAUUGAGAUUUGAUUAAGUAGAAAAUAUUUCAUUUUCUGCAAAUGAUAUUGACUGCUGCUAACUGAGAAUGAAAACAACUGUCUUCAUGUUUUAUACAAUAAAACUAGGUCUUUCAGUAAUUUUGUCAAAAUAAUGGUUACUUGUUGUAAAAUUUGGAACCAGGGCCAUGCGUUUCAGAUUUCUUCUUUUGUAGCUCAUAAUGAACCAUGUAAACUUUUGACUAAAAUUGUACAGGUGUCGUAAACAA